AUGACUGUUGAGAAGGGAAACAAGAUCUUCAUCGCUGAGGGCGAUAUUGCCGCCAAUCCUGCCACUGUGAACUGGCAGCAGAACCUCUCCCAGAAGUCCGAUACCUACUACAUGGCCGUCUUCACGAACAAGGACAAAAAUAAUGAGCAAAGCUACAUCUUCAUCCAGCAAGGCAAGCUCGACGCCUUGAAGGCCAAAUCUUCUGGUGAUGCCUUCACGAUAACGGUGGAUGAUUCCUUCCAAUACGGUCAAAAGAACAAGCAGGGAGAGGGACGUUUCCUGGUCUUCCACGACAAGUCUCGCAAUCCUUUCCAGUGGAGAUUUGUGUCAACCUUGUAUUCUAAGUUGGGCAAUGGCGCUCUCGCAAUUAUCAAUUUGGCUCCGAUCCCUGACGGUGUCAAGGAUAUUGCCAAGUACUUUUCCGGACUCAUUGGCGAUCCUCUGCACAACUUUUGA